GGUCAGCUCGAGGGUAUGAGCGUCAUUACCCUACUACCUUUUCAUCUUCACUACUUCCUUCCCCUUUUUUCACUUAUCUACUCUUGAAUCUUUCUGAUCAUCCAUGGCAUUGGACGCUCAAGGCAAGCUCGCUGUGGUCACCGUCAUACUCUAUGUCCCGUUUUUGUUCCUCACCGGUCUUCUAUUACGAAAAUAUGGGGUACAAAGAGCAUGGCUUCUUCUUCUCAUGUUUUCUAUAAUUCGCACUGUUGGUGGAAUACUACUUAUCGCAGCAGAGACGGUGCAGCCAACUGUAAUUGGUCUUUUCAUUGGCGGUUACGCUCUUGAAGCAUCUGGCCUGUCGCCUCUACUCCUUGGCACCUUAGGAUUCCUCACCAUUGCGAGCGAACAUGCUUUCGAUGGUAUCAAGAGGGUUUUCAACCUUCUUCAUCUCGUUGGUAUAGGCGCUUUGGUAUUGACCAUCAUUGGUAUUGCAAAUGCCACGAGCAGUAGUUCCAGUUCACAAUCAUCGGCGAACACCAUGAGGCGUGCUGGUGUCCUUCUAUUCGCUGCUCUCUACAUCAUUCUGAUCGCCGUGACUCUUUACUUCUGGUCCCGCGCCAAUCAACUCAUGAAGUCUCGCAAAUCACUCUUGGGUGCCAUAACAUUCGCACUGCCAUUUUUGGGCGUCCGCACGUUGUACAGUGUUCUGUCUACUUUCUCUUCCAGUUCAUUCGGCAUGCUCAGUUCCUCAACCUCAACCCAAACCCAGAGUGUAAACACCAGCGAUCUUGCUAAAUUCAACAUGUUCACUGGAGAGUGGUGGAUCUACCUAGUCAUGUCCAUCCUCAUGGAGACUACAAACUGGGCGAUAUGCGCGACGAUGAGUAUCCUUUGUACCGCCAACAACCAUAUUAGUUCAUGGGCUCGGCGUUUUCUUCUUUUUAUUUUCGCUGUUACUAUACUAUCCUUCGUACGUAAUUGUACACAACCACGGACUGGAGAUAUCAGGCUUGCAUAUUU